AAAGUUUUUUUUUCAAAAUUAGCAAUUUUAUGUGUGCUCUUCCAUUUAAGAUGAUCUUCACAAAAGUUAUAGAAAUGUGUCAGACAAUAUAUUAAAGAACAUUUGAAGUGGACAAAAAAAGUACAUUUGUGUGUGUGUUUACAUGUGUGUUUUUAUUUCAUGUUUGAAGCCCUCGUUUGUAAAGCUGAUAAACAAGUUUUUUUUUUUUUAAAACGCAGAACAGUCUGUAGACUUCAGGUGUUUAAUUACAAACAAACGGAUAAUAAACUCUUUAGAUAUAGGGUUAGAUUAUAUAACAGAGGAAUACUUGAAUUCCACAGAAAACAGUCAUUGUGUGUGAGAGAGAUAAUCUUUAUGGUCACUCGUGUUUUGUUGAAUAUUCAUUCAGUUGUUGUGUGUUUUAUGAGCCGCACAACAUCUUCGUACAGAAGUGUUUGUGUUGGCCGGAGUCCUGCUGCGGGUCCGAUCUGCUUAAAUCAGAUUAUUUGCCCCGUGUGGGGGUGAGUGGGGGAAGGAUGGAUGGCAGAUCUCACACUCCGUGUGCGCUUCACAUGUGUGUGUUUCUAAAGACACACUGAUGUUGUGAUCGUCACAGUUCAUGUUCAGUGACUCCUCGUCAUCUUCAGUAGAGAUGAUGAUGAUGAUGAUGAUGAUGCUGGUUAACUGGAGCACUUUUCUCCAGAUCUGCUUCAUUGUGGCGUUAAGAGCUAAAGAGAUACACCUCAGAGACUCCUCCAACUGUGAUCUCAAUAGAAAACAGAGCGAGCUGAACUCUUUCCUGUGGACCAUAAAACGAGAGCCGCCCUCUUAUUUCUAUGGCACUAUUCAUGUUCCGUACACCCGCGUGUGGGACCACAUCCCAGAGAACUCCAAAAAGGCCUUUCAGGAGAGCAGCAUCGUGUAUUUUGAGCUGGACCUGACGGACCCGUACACCAUAUCGGCUCUGACCAGCUGCCAGCUGCUGCCGCACGGCGAGAACCUCCAGGACCUGCUGCCCCGAGACAUCUACCGUCGCCUGAAGAGACACCUGGAUUACGUCAAGCUGAUGAUGCAGUCGUGGGUCACGCCGGACCAGAGGGGCAAAGGCCUGUACGCCGACUACCUGUUUAACGCUAUAGCGGGAAACUGGGAGCGGAAGAGGCCGGUGUGGGUGAUGCUUAUGGUGAACUCUCUGACGGAGGCAGACAUUAAGACUCGUGGAGUGCCCGUCCUAGACCUGUAUCUCGCUCAAGAAGCCGAGAGGAUGAGGAAGAAAACGGGAGCCGUGGAGAAGGUGGAAGAGCAGUGUCAUCCGCUGAACGGCCUGAACUUCUCUCAGGUGAUAUUCGCUUUGAAUCAGACACUGUUACAGCAGGAAAGUCUCCGGGCGGGAAGUCUACAGUUACCGUACACGACAGAUGAUCUGAUCAAACACUACAACUGUGGAGAUCUGAACUCCAUCGUGUUUAACCACGACACCUCACAGGUUCCAAACUUCAACAAUGUGACUCUGCCGGUCAGCGAGCAAGUGACGGCUCAGGAGAUUGAAAAGUACUUCAGACAGGAACUCAUCUACAAGCGUAAUGAGAGGAUGGGUGGACGCGUGAAAGCCCUGCUGGAUCAACACCCGGAUAAGAGCUUCUUCUUCGCUUUCGGAGCAGGUCACUUUCUGGGGAACAACACAGUGAUUGAUGUUCUGCGCAGUCAGGGUUAUGAGGUGGAACACACACCCGCCGGACAGCCACUGCACAGGAGGUCAUCAGAAGAUCUGACUGAUUCACCGCUGGAGCCGUUCUUACACGACACAGAAGAUCAUCAGGAAUCUGUCCCGCAGACGCUGCUUCCACACAGUCUGGAGUUACUGGAGAAAGUGGAACGCAAACUGAAGAAGAAACGACGGAACAAACAGAAGAAGCCACAGAAGCAUCGGCACUUCAAUGAUCUGUGGGUUCGUCUGGAGGAGAGCACAACGGCGGAGCCUCCGCCCCCUCUCGUCCGCAUCAUCAAGGGCCAUAUUAAGACACACCCACAAGACCACAGCAGACCCAAUCGUGAGCAUACGUUCUCAGGCUCCGCCUCCUCAUGGACAAGCACUGCUAUUACUCUCUUUGUUCAAAUUGCUCUUCUGACGCUUCACCUUUGACCUCUGAUGACCUCUUCAUUUCCCUCACUGCUUCAUGUACAUAUAUGUUUAAUGUAUGAUGGAUGUCCUGUAGAGUUGUUUCACUUCUCAUAUGAUAUAUAUAUAUAAGAGCAUUUAUAUUUUUGUGAUCUUAUCUGUUACUAACCAGCGCUGAUAGAUAAGCGUAUUUCGCCUCUUCAGUAAAAUUUCCUUUCUAGAACUUGGUGGCUCGUUGAAUGUUUUUUUUCUAGAGAUUAUUGCUUUAAUUUAUUAAAUCAAUGUUUUUAGUUGAUGUGUUUGUGACAAUAUUCUACAGAAGAAUUGAACUGUGUAUGUAGUUCUGACACGUGCGCUUGUACAGAAUGUGUGAAUACAGCAGCGUGACAAUAAGAAGUGAUGUGAUGUGAAUGUCUCGCUCUCCAGACGCUGUGAUCCUCAGCACACAUUCACAGUUUCAGCUUCUGUGAUGUCAUUCUGUUCAGAAACACCUGUGUGAUGUCCAGCAGCUGUAAAGGACACGUGUGUGCCAGCAUGUGUUUCAUGUUUAAGGUCUACAGUUCACAUUCAGGAGACACAGAGAGAAUCUCCUCACAGGAGUUCAUACAGAAGAACCAACAGCAUCCGCUCUUCAUCCUUGUGAGUUUAAGACACAGCUGAAAGGUUUUUGUAUUGGUUCAGCGCUUGGGUUGUGAUCUCCACCAGCAACGUCACACCUCUGAAAGAUUCUCUCUAGCGCGACAGACUUUCUGUGGAAGAGUGUAGUUUUUUUGACUUUAUACAACCACAGGAGAGAGUUUGAGAAUUUGAGAGUUAUUUCAACCGGAUUCACAUUGGUGGUUUCAAAUCCAAUUUGAGAAUCUUUUCUACGCCUUCUUUUUUCUUCAAAGGAAUAACCAAAUUAUUUUACACGUCAUUCUCAUUUAUUUACAUUUUUUUAAAACAUUUAUCAUUUUAAUACAAUUGUAUUUUUUUGCCCUGCAAAAAUGUGAAGACCUCGAGUUCAUAAUUGGCACUUGUAAAAAACUUCAUAAAUGCUAGAAAUGUCCUGUUUGUAUUUCAAUGAUCCUCACUGACAAUUUUGUACUAUUAUGAAUGGUGUAAGAAUACGAGUAAAAACACGUCUGUUCUUUCACACUGUAUAAUCUUGAAAGUAAAUGAUUUACUUAAAUCUUUCAGCAGAUGAUUUGACUUUUGUGUGAUGAACAGAGAGUCGACAUUCAUUCAAUAAAGACGAUCAUGAUGCGAAACGCAGUUCUUCCGCCGCGUCGAUUCACAUUUCGCGUCUUUAGCGCGCGUUCAGGGUCAUCGCGUCGGCGCCGCAUCGAGAUGAAAAUAGUUUUCUGAACUUUUCACUAUUUCGCACGCUCACUGAAUGAGAAAGUAGCGUUGCUCGCGUUUCCCGCGCGGUUUAGACGCGAAAUGUGAAACGCACCUUAUUCUUCCACUCAUGUCUUAUUCAGGGUGCUGGUUUUAGGUACAUUAGGUCUCGUUCUAAACGCAUUUUCUUGAACAAGCAUGUACAGCACAUCCCUGCAAACAGAAAGAUGUUAUGUUAUGUUGUUAUGACGGUUUCCGUUAAAUGGAUAUUUGAGCCUCACAGAGACACUAUCAAGAUUUCUCAGAAGCCGGAAAGUGUUUCAGUUCUUGAGAGAGUUCUGUGGAGCUGUGGGAAAACACAGCAGGACACUGAGAAAAAGCGGACAGUUGAAUAUUAAAAGACAUUCUGAGAUGUGAUCUGUAGAUUGUAUCUCACAGGAAUGUAACAGCGGCUCAUUGGAGGUAGGGAUGUGCACAUCGAUGCUGCAGUAUCGAUAUAUCGAUACUCAAAAGAUGCUAUUUAGGUAUCGAUAUUUUCAGAAAAGUAUCGAUUAUCUGGUUAAUUACAUUAAUAGUUUCAGCAUAACUAAAUGUUGUUAGCUCUGUGCAUGCCGAUCAGUGACACUAUGUUAUGAAAGUACUAGCUCUCGCGACAGUUUGACGUCACACACGGAUCGGUCUCCGGCUGCGCAGCGCGGUCAGAUGGACGUGCUAUUCAGCUCCGUAACGCACACAUACACAACACGCAUGUAUUGCACACUUGCACAUUAAACAGAGGAGAGAAUUGCAAGAUGGCUUAGAGGAAGCGUAAAAGUUAAGUUAAUGUAUGCACAGUUUAUAUUGUUUGUAAUUUUAUUGAUUGUAUUAAGAUUUUUGUUAGUUAAUCAAUAUUUUUUCCUUCAAAAUACAGUAUAUUACAGUACAAACAAAAUGUUAAACCCUAAGAAAAAUGGCCUGUUUAAAA